CACUGUCUACUUUCAGACAAGAGAAACACAUUCUCAGAAGAAAAGGAAAAAAAAAAAAAAGAAAAAAUUUCACGCUAAAAAUCUCUCUUUCUUCCGGAGAAUCUUUAGAGGUGGGGUUUGGUUUCUGUUGGUGGUGUUGCAGUUCCUGAAGAAGAACCCUAAAUUUGUUUCGCUCUUUUGGCGGGUCUCUCUCUCUUUCUCUCUCUAACUUUCAGUCUCAAGUCCUCUGUUUUCCGUUUGUUUGUUUUGUUUCUCUUUUUCGUACUCGUUUGGCGUCUUUGUGUUGCGUUCGCUCUGACGUGAAAGAGGAAGAAGAAAAGAAGAAGACCCAACAAACGCAAACCGUAAUUUAAUGGUGUUUUUUGCCUGUUGGGUUCGAUAGACAUUUUAGUUAAAGCGAGUGGAGUUCUGUUUACGAAAGAUUCGCGGUUUUUAAUGAUUUUCAUGUGGUGGGUCAUGCGUUGAUGCGGUAGUAGUUGCUCUGAAAAAAAUGCUCUUCUCAAUCCAGGGAGGUCAGAAUCUGCAAAAUUGAAAUUUUUACAGAUUUUUGGACAGAGAAUCUUGUGUCUUGCUUGCAGAGCCAAAAGGGUAACCUAAUGAGAUCUCAUGAGGCUGUUGUAACCCAUUUCGGAAUAUUCAUUCAAGAGUUCUCUGGCUAGGAGAAGUUGGGAAAAGACCAUUUUCUGCCAAAGGAAAAAUUUAGAAAGAGAAAAAAAAGUCUGUCAUUUGGAGUUUCUCUAUAGUUGCCAGAGGGAGAAUGCUGAGCAUGUCGGUAGUACAUGUCUGGGAAUUAAUGGUGAUUGGUGGGGGCAAGGUAAUUGUGCAAACUUCCUAGUUGGGAUGGUCUUUCUCAUAGUUUUUGAAAUAUGAGCUUCUGAGGGUUUGAGGAUUGUUUCUGUUAUUAGCUAGGAAUUGGGGUAGAAUAGUCAAAAAAUUGUGGUGCUCAUGAGUCGAGAACAGAAGCAGAAAGGGUCCUCCGAUGUGGCCGAGAAAGUUGUGGUUGCUGUUAAGGCGUCUAAGGAAAUUCCCAAGACCGCUCUUGUAUGGGCAUUGACGCAUGUUGUCCAACCCGGGGACUGCAUAACACUUCUUGUGGUUGUCCCUUCACAGAGUUCAGGUAGAAAGUUAUGGGGCUUCCCAAGAUUUGCGGGGGACUGUGCCAGCGGCAGUCGGAAGUCCCAGUCAGGAACAACCUCGGAACAAAAGUAUGAUAUUACAGAUUCAUGCUCUCAGAUGAUCCUUCAGCUUCAUGAUGUUUAUGAUCCAAAUAAAAUAAAUGUGAAGAUAAAGAUUGUCUAUGGAUCGCCUUGUGGAGCAGUUGCUGGUGAGGCCAAGAAAGCUCAGGCCAGUUGGGUUGUGCUAGACAAACAUCUUAAACAAGAGGAAAAACGCUGCAUGGAAGAACUGCAGUGCAACAUUGUGGUUAUGAAACGCUCACAACCAAAAGUUCUUCGCUUGAAUUUGAACGGGUCACCUAAGAAGGAGCCUGAAUCCUCAUGUCAAUUACCUUCUGAGCUUGAUGAAGGGUCUGAAAAGCGUCCCAAAAAGAAGGUUGAUUCUUCAGAUUCUGUCCGGGGGCCUGUGGUGACUCCGACUAGCAGUCCAGAGCUAGGAACACCAUUUACUGCGACUGAAGCUGGAACUUCAUCAGUGUCAAAUUCAGAUCCAGGAACUUCACCGCUUUUCAUUUCAGAAAUAAAUGAUUUAAAGAAAGAGGAAUCUUUUAUUACUGAAGAAAGCCAAGAUAUCGGUGAUACUACUUCAGAUUCUGAGAGCGAGAAUUUAUCCAUGUCCUCGGCUAGUUUGAGGUUCCAACCAUGGAUAGCUGAUUUUCUAAACUCCCAUAGCCAAACGUCACUGCGCAUAGAAGAAAGAUCUCACAAAUAUGUUGAUAAGCUCCAAGCAUCAUCGGCCAAAGCUCUGCAAGACAAGUUCAAGAAACCUGAUGGAGAGGCUGGGGUUGGAAUGCCAAACUACAGAGGUAAUGUGGACUUCAGUGGAAAUGUAAGAGAAGCAAUCUCACUAUCCAGAAAUGCGCCUCCUGGGCCGCCACCAUUAUGCUCAAUAUGUCAACACAAAGCUCCCGUGUUUGGAAAGCCUCCAAGAUGGUUCGGCUAUGCUGAGUUAGAGCUAGCGACUGGUGGGUUCUCGCAAGCCAAUUUCUUGGCGGAAGGAGGAUUUGGCUCCGUUCACAGAGGGGUGCUGCCUGAUGGUCAGGCUGUUGCUGUGAAGCAGCAUAAGUUAGCUAGUUCUCAGGGGGACCUCGAAUUUUGCUCAGAAGUAGAAGUCCUCAGUUGUGCGCAGCAUCGCAAUGUUGUUAUGCUGAUUGGCUUCUGUAUUGAGGAUAGAAGAAGAUUGUUGGUUUAUGAAUAUAUAUGCAACGGAUCACUGGAUUCUCAUUUGUAUGGGCAACGUCGAGAGCCGUUAGAAUGGUCUGCGCGGCAAAAAAUUGCCGUGGGAGCUGCUCGAGGGCUGCGAUAUCUCCACGAAGAAUGCAGAGUCGGUUGCAUAGUCCACCGUGACAUGCGACCGAACAACAUCCUUAUCACGCAUGAUUUUGAACCACUGGUCGGGGACUUUGGCCUAGCAAGGUGGCAGCCUGAUGGCGAUACUGGUGUGGAAACAAGAGUUAUUGGGACAUUCGGGUAUUUAGCUCCAGAAUAUGCUCAAAGCGGUCAAAUCACAGAAAAAGCUGAUGUUUAUUCCUUUGGGGUGGUACUGGUGGAGCUUGUUACAGGCCGAAAAGCAGUGGAUCUGAAUCGUCCCAAGGGUCAGCAAUGUCUCACUGAAUGGGCACGACCAUUAUUAGAAGAUUAUGCUGUUGAUGAACUUAUCGAUCCAAGGCUGGGAAAUCAAUUUUCAGAACAGGAGGUUUAUUGCAUGUUGCAUGCCGCAUCCUUGUGUAUUCGUCGGGAUCCCCAAUCAAGGCCUCGCAUGUCACAGGUGCUUCGUAUAUUAGAGGGCGACAUGGUUAUGGAGGCAAGCUUCACGUCGACGCAAGGGUAUGACGUGGGAAGCCAGAGUGGUCGUCUUUGGUCGGAUCAGCAGCACCAACAAUACAGUAGUUCCCUGGCUGGUGCUGAGACGCUGGAAGAGUUCAGUGGGAAGCUCUCUCUUGACAGUUUAAGGUCGGGUUUUUGGGAGAGAGCCAAGGCAAGGGCUUCAUGUGAAGAUCAUCUGUAGAGUGCUCGCCUAUUUAGGGCCGCAGCUUUGCAAUGCUGAAUAUGUAUUUACCACUUUUGUUUUUGUUUUUUGUUUUUUUGCUUUAUAUUUUUGUCUCUUGCCACUAGAUUUUGCUUUUCUGUAUAGUAGAAGCGGAAAAUGUCAAGUUUUUGUAAUUCUUUUGAAAAUGA